AUGACGGGGAAAGCGGGGGAAGCGCUGAGCAAGCCCAAAUCCGAGACUGUGGCCAAGAGUUCCUCGGGGGUCGCCCCGGCCAGGUGCACGGGGUUCGGCAUUCAGGAGAUCCUGGGCUUGAACAAGGAGCCCCCCAGCUCCCACCCGCGGGCUGCCCUCGACGGCCUGGCCCCCGGGCACUUGCUGGCGGCGCGCUCCGUGCUCAGUCCCGCAGGAGUGGGCGGCAUGGGGCUGCUGGGGCCCGGGGGGCUCCCCGGCUUCUACGCGCAGCCCACCUUCCUGGAAGUGCUGUCCGACCCGCAGAGCGUCCACUUGCAGCCGCUGGGCAGAGCGUCGGGGCCGCUGGACACCAGCCAGACGGCCAGCUCGGAUUCUGAAGAUGUUUCCUCCAGCGACCGAAAAAUGUCCAAAUCGGCUUUAAACCAGACCAAGAAACGGAAGAAGCGGAGACACAGGACCAUCUUUACUUCCUACCAGCUAGAGGAGCUGGAGAAGGCAUUCAAUGAAGCCCACUACCCAGAUGUCUAUGCCCGGGAGAUGCUGGCCAUGAAAACGGAGCUACCAGAAGACAGGAUACAGGUCUGGUUCCAGAACCGCAGAGCCAAGUGGAGGAAACGGGAGAAGUGCUGGGGCCGGAGCAGCGUCAUGGCGGAGUACGGGCUCUAUGGGGCCAUGGUGCGGCACUCCAUCCCCCUGCCAGAGUCUAUCCUCAAGUCUGCCAAGGAUGGCAUCAUGGACUCCUGUGCCCCGUGGCUGCUGGGGAUGCACAAAAAGUCGCUGGAGGCCGCAGCGGAGUCGGGGAGGAAGCCCGAGGUGGAGCGCCAGGCCCUGCCCAAACUCGACAAGAUGGAACCGGAGGAGCGGGGCCCCGACCCCCCAGCGGCCAUGUCCCAGGAGGAACUGAGGGAGAACAGCAUUGCGGCGCUCCGAGCCAGAGCUCAGGAGCACAGCACCAAAGUGCUGGGGACUGUGUCUGGGCCUGACAGCCUGGCCCGGAAUACCGAGGAGCCAGAGGAGGAGGACGCCAUGGAAGAAGACAGGCCAGCGGAGAAGCUGAGUCCACCACAGCUUGAGGACAUGGCUUAG